CAUUUUCAAUGGAGAAUCUGGGAGAUGAUCUCAUACUCCAUGUAUAGAUGGAGUUCAAUUAACAUGAAGAACAACCCACUCAUCUGCUCGAUUGCAACGAUUCGUCAAGUCUGAAACACCUGCAGAUGGAAGUCGGACCCAAGUCAAAGGAAUCGUGACUCGGUUACAAGAGAGUGAAAAAUGGGUAGAAUUACAGUUGCAUUAAUUGUUAGCUCAUGGGUUAUACCCAUGUCCAUCCUUGUCAAUCACAUUGUUCCUGAACCAUACAUGGAUGAGAUCUUUCAUGUUCCUCAGGCUCAGCAGUAUUGUGCAGGAAAAUUCAAGAGUUGGGAUCCUAUGAUAACAACUCCCCCUGGAUUGUAUUUCCUUUCACUUGCUUAUGUUGCUUCUUUAUUUCCCGGCCUGCUAUUUAUACAACCAGCUUUGUCUUUUAUUAAUGCCUGCUCGAUAGCAGUUCUUCGCUCUACCAAUGGUCUCCUGGCUGUAAUUUGCAGCAUAUUGGUUCAUGAUAUAGUUAUAUCUUUGAAGCCAUCCCUAGACGACAGAAAAGCAACUCUCUACACAGUUGUUCUAGCCCUAUACCCACUUCACUGGUUCUUCACUUUUCUUUACUAUACAGAUGUUGCAUCACUGGCGGUAGUUCUUGCUAUGUAUCUUAUGUGUUUGAAGAAGAACUACCUGUGCAGUGCUUUGCUUGGAGUUGUAGCCGUAGUUGUGCGACAAACAAAUAUCAUUUGGAUGCUAUUUGUUGCAUGUAUUGGAGUUCUAGAUCUUAUUCAAGCUAAACAAAAACAUGAAGAGAAUUUGUUAUCAGUACCUAUAGAUGACCACUUUGCUUCCAGUAGAGGUGAUAGCAUCAGCUCCAACCUGAAAAGGCGAAGAUCGGGUAGUGCUAUCAGCACUGUCAGUCAUUCUGUCCGUGGAACAAGUCUUCCCUGCCUUCCUGACAAUUCAUCAGGUUGGUUUAGUGAGAUUUGGAGCAUCAUAUUAGCGUCCUGGCAUCUGAAGUGGGAGCUUUUUGUCUCUUUUAGCCCUUUCUUGGCAGUGUUGGCGGCUUUUGCUGCAUUUGUUGUAUGGAAUGGCAGCAUAGUUCUUGGGGCUAAAGAAGCUCAUACGGUUUCUCCACAUUUUGCUCAGUUAUUGUACUAUGGUUUAGUCUCUUCUUGUUUUAUGGCUCCUGUGCACUUUGGUACAAGUCAAGCUGCAAUUUUGGCCAGGUCAUUCUGGAAGAAUCGACCCCUUAGUUUUUUAUUGUGGUUUCUUGCUGCCGUAGUUAGCCUUCUCUGGGUGCACUAUUUCAGCAUUGCUCACCCCUAUCUACUUGCUGAUAAUCGCCAUUAUCCCUUUUAUCUAUGGCGGAAGAUUAUAAAUGCUCAUUGGUCAACGAAAUACCUGCUGGUUCCGCUAUAUGUUUUCUCAUGGACUUCUAUCUUUACUUUGUUAGCCAAAGUUCAGAAGAAAGUAUGGAUAUUGGCUUAUUUCCUGGCUUCAGCUGCUGUUCUUAUUCCUGCUCCACUGAUAGAAUUCAGAUAUUACACAAUACCCUUUUUUUUCUUACUUCUUCAUUGUCAUGUGACUAAUGGUAGAGUGUGGUUCCUCAUGGGAUUCCUCUAUACAUCCAUCAAUAUCUACUCAAUGAUUAUGUUCUUAUUUCGGCCCUUUCAUUGGGACCACGAACCCGGUGUUCAGAGGUUCAUAUGGUAGAUGAUAGUUUUUCUUCUAGAAUUGAGGCACACUUGCAUUUUGUCUAACUCUACAUCAAGAAUAUUGUAAAUAUUCUAUCAGAAUAUUAUUAAUGUUCUUCACACUUUGCAC